AAAAAGAAUGUCGGAAAAAAGGCGAAUCGCACCAAAGAAAAAAUCACUUACCACAAGCUUUUUUGAUAUUGGCAAAAAAGAUGAUCAGAUCGGGCGAGAAAUGGAACUGUUUGGAGUAUCAUUGGAAUUGUGCUUGGCAAGGGACACUAAGCGUAAUGUUUAUUCGGAAAAUGAGAAUCAUUCAAAGCGUUCCUUAAUGUCAAUGUUUCGUGGAAGCCGUAGUAAUCCCGGAAGUGUUAUCAAGCUAAGCGAUAAUGUACGAUCUUGUGAAAGUUUACCUACCAAGUCGUUGGAAAAUGGGCCUUUGGAAAACUGCGAGCGAUUCUGCGACCCUCUUAAAGCAGAGCAAUCAGAACAUAACUAUAAUAGACCCUAUCAAGAUCUUAAGGUGCCCAUAUUUGUUUACAGCUGUAUCGAGCAUUUAGAAGAAAAUGGAUUGCAGAAGGUCGGACUUUUUCGUGUAAGCUCAUCUAAAAAGCGUAUCAAGCAGUUGCGAGAAGAAUUCGAUAACGGUAAUGGAUAUUUGAGAAUUCCUGUCAAUACAUGUCCACACGAUGUUGCCACCCUGCUUAAAGAAUUUCUUAGAGAUCUUCCCGAACCUCUUUUGUGCACGACGCUAUAUUCAACCUUCCUAGAAACCCAACGUAUACGAAAUCGACGUUUGCAACUCGAGGCUAUAUCACAUUUAAUAAGACUACUUCCGAUUCCCCAUAGAGACACGCUUUAUGUCCUACUCGUAUUUCUUGCCAAAGUGGCAGCACACAGCGACGAUGUAUGCGAUGCUGAUGGAAAUUGUUUAAUAAAUGGCAAUAAAAUGGAUAGCAGUAAUCUGGCAACAGUCUUUGCUCCGAAUAUUUUGCGCAACACAACAUUAGCGUUAGAUAAAACAAGAGAGCAACAGCAGAUGAGCGAUGCAAUUAAUGUAGUCAGGACAAUGAUUGAUCACUAUGAGGAAAUGUUUAAAAUACCAGCAGAACUGCUAGAUGUUCUUUAUUCUCAAAUGCUAGAUGUAUGUCCCGUUAAGUUGUAUGAACUGAUUUCCACAAAAACACAGCUUUUGAAAUGGAAUAUGCAUAACCAUUUAGACGAUAUCCAAAAUUGCAGUGAAGCAGCGAGUUUAUCAGACGAUGUUUUUGAAAAUACCCCCCAUGAAAGUCAUCGAUUAAACCAUAGCAAUCAAAUACAUGAAAACAUAACACCCAAAAGUAAAUAUACCAAUUAUCGAGAAGAACUAUGUGCUAAUAAAAAUUUACAAGGAGAUAAGGAUAGAGUUUUGACCGCAAGUUUAAAAAUAUCAUUACCGGAAAAAAUAAAAUCCUUUGGAAAUGGUGAAAACAGUAAAAAAACGCCCUUGAAAGAUGUUGAUAAUUCUGAGCCACAAAUUUCCAAUAAUUUGGUAGCAGAAAAACGAAAAGGAAAGCUACACAAGCGACAACAUUUAAUACCAAGUUCCAUUCGGCUAAAUAAUAAUUAAAAAUUAAUUGAUUUUAUUUUUGAGUCCACUUACACCAAAGUGUAAUACCUUACUAACGUUAAAACUACCAUUUAAUAAGUAUUAUGUGCAGGCUAAGAUAUAUAAUUUUCAUAUAUACAAUUUAUUUAAAUAAAUUUUGCAAUACCUACUGAAACCAUAUGGGGAGAUACACACCUCUUAAACCUAUUUUUACAAAUUAAAGACGGAACAAAAAAAAUUAAAUAAAUUCGUUAAAUUUAAAUAAAUCGUUUAAUAUUUCUUUAGAGUCGGAAUAUACUGGAGGAAGACUACUGUAUCAGAAAGAAAAAAUCAUGCCCGACCCUAUUUUAUUAAUAUACUACUAAUACUUACUUGCUAAUUCUAUUUCCACUACUUUAUUACAUUUUACACUUACUUUAUGGGGUAUAAAAAUGUUCUUUUAUUGGAGUACAAACUUAUGAUCAAAACAUAUUACCUUGUAAUGGGAUAAAUAUACAUAAAUGUAACGUCCGCUUAUUAUAAUCGGUACAUAAAGUCGCACACAUUUUUAA